UCUCAAUCCUUCGUUUUUCGUUUUGUUUUUUCUUGAAAACACAACAAAAUGGAAGAAUCGGGAAACCAAACCGCGAGUCAGAGUCAGAGCGAGAGCGAGAGUCAGAGUCAGAGCGAGAGCCAGACGCAGUCCCAGAGCCAAACUCAGACUCAAGCUCAGACUCAGAGCCAAACUCAGACUCAAGCACAGGCACAGGCACAGGCGCACGGACUGAUGCUGCCGCCAGACUGGGCCGCACUGGUCGCAAGCCACAGCCGCUCCAGAACCAUCCACCCGAGUACAAGCACUGGCACUGGCACUGGCACUGGCACGACCACUGGCGCUGCGACAAACGCGACGACUGGCGGCUUCCCAGUCCAGCACCUGAUGCCAAAGAGCGAGACGGGCGCAGACCGCUUUGUCGCAGAUCACCCGACGUUCGACGGCCGCGGCGUCGUCGUCGCCAUCUUUGACACGGGCGUCGAUCCGGCUGCUGCGGGGCUCCAGGUCACGUCGGACGGGCGACCAAAGCUGAUUGACACGAUCGACGCGACGGGCUCGGGCGACGUCGAAAUGCUCACCGUCCGCUCGCUCAACCCCGACGGACGCACGGUCGAUGCUGCUCCCACCAGCGUCUCAGCGGCCGCAGGACUGAAGCGCAAACUCACCCUGCCGCGCGAGUGGAUUGCAAGCAACCCGACGGGCGUCUUCCGUGUCGGCACCAAGCGCGCCUACGAGCUGCUUCCCAAAGUGCUCGUCGCUCGCCUCAAGUCUGAGCGCAGAAAGAUUGUCGAGCUGGAGGAAAAGCAGCUGAUGGCCGCGUUGCAGCAGCAGCUCGCGUCGCUGCAUGGCUCAAGCUGCAGCGUCCCAGCGUCCACGGCCAACGUUGCGGCGCCCGCAGCCGGUGCGGUCGGCGCGAAUGCUGCCGCCAACCGUUUGCUCGCCUCGCCGCUCGAGAUUGAGUUUGCUGCCUCGCCGCUGUCCACGCGAUCAGAUCCGCAGCCCGCGCCGGCGGUGGCAUCCAGCUCUGGUGCCACGACUGCUGCCACGGCUGCUGCCACGGCUACCUCUGCCGCCAGCGCUGGUGCGACCACCACUGCCCCCACGGGCUCUCCAACAGCCGAAGAGCGAAGGCGCCUCAAGGAGGAUUUGGAAGCGCGCAUCGAGCAGCUGACCCAGCUCACGCGGUCGCUGGAGGAUUGCGGGCCAGUGUACGACUGCGUGGCCUUCCACGACGGCAGCCAUUGGCGAGCAGCGCUCGAUACGACCGAGACGGGUGACUUUUCGUUCGCCACGCUGCUGACCGACUACUACACGGAGCGCCGCUUUGCCCAGUUUGGUCUGGAUGAUAUGGCAUCGUACGCCAUCAACAUUUACGACGACGGCGCCAUUGUUUCUGUCGUCGUCGAUGCCGGAGCCCACGGGACCCAUGUCGCUGGCAUUGUUGGCGCCAACUUCCCUGACGAGCCGAGCCGCAAUGGAAUGGCGCCUGGUGCGCAGCUCAUCUCGGUCAAGAUUGGUGACACGCGCUUGGGCUCGAUGGAGACUGGCACGGCGUUUGUGCGAGGCCUGACCCACGCUCUGAAGCGCAAGGUCGACCUGAUCAAUCUGAGCUAUGGCGAGCCGACCUCUCUGUGCGAGCAAGGGCGGAUUAUCGAACUGUGCUCGGAGAUUGUCAACAAGCACGGCGUGAUUUUUGUCUCGAGCGCUGGAAACAACGGACCGGCGCUGACGACAGUGGGCGCGCCCGGCGGUGUGUGCUCUGCAGUGAUUGGCGUGGGUGCCUAUGUGAGCAACGACAUGAUGCGAGCCGAGUACUCGAUGCACACGCCGGCCGAUAACGCGCAGUUCACCUGGUCUUCGCGCGGCCCUUCCGCGGACGGCCACCUGGGCGUGAGCAUUAGCGCCCCUGGCGCUGCCAUCGUGUCUGUUCCGACAUGGACGCUCAAGUCACAGCAGCUCAUGAACGGAACGUCCAUGGCAUCCCCCAACGCGUGCGGCGGUCUGGCGCUUUUGCUUUCGGGUUUGAAGGCCCUGCACAUCCCAUACACGCCCCACCACAUUCGUCGCGCGGUUGAAAAUACAGCCACCAACCGCGACUGCAUUGAGCCGUUUGCCAUUGGUCAUGGACUGCUUUCCAUCCCGCAUGCGUACAAGUACCUGUGCGACUUUCACAAUGUUUCGGACAUGGAUGCCGUGUACACGGUGACUCUGCCCGACCGUGGCGACGCGCGAGGCCUGUACUUGCGCGAGCUGCACGAAAACUUGCAGCCAUUCGAAGAACAAGUCCAUGUCAAUGCAACCUUCCGCGAGGACACGGACAACAACCAACAGCGGGUCGCCUUUGAGGCGCGCUUCCGCUUGGUCAGCACUGCUCCGUUCGUUCAGUGCCCCGACCAUCUCGUGUUGAUGCACGAAGGCCGGUCGUUCCACAUUCGUGUGGAUCCCACCGCUCUUCCGCUCGACGGCAGCGUUCGCUACGGAGAAAUUCUUGCAUUCAAUGUCGAUGCUCCCGCGCGUGGCCCAAUCUUCCGCUUGCCCAUCACGGUGAUUCGCCCACUCCCUGUGCUGGGUCGAUCGAUCGGUGCACCUUUGCGCCAGACGUCGGAAGGCCGCGUGGCAGGCUCAUCGGCCUCGGGAAGCGGAGUUGUUGGUUUGCCAUUGUCACAACAGCAGCAGGAGCAGCAGUCGCAUGACGCUACGGCCCUGCACGAGGAUCCCACGCCACACCUCAUCCGUUUCCGUCGCUUGCCACUGAGUGCUGGCCGUGUGGUUCGCAAGUUUGUGACGGUGCCCUCUGGCGCCAGCUGGGUCGAGGUUCGUCUCAGCUUGCGCGGGGCCACCCUGGAUGCCCGCCGCUUUGUCUUGCAUGCUCUGCAGCUUCAACCGCAGCGUCGCUACAACACCAUGGAGUAUCACAAGCUGUCCACAGUGGUGCAAGACACUCCGUCUGUGCACAAGUUUGCCGUCCUCCCAGACGUGACCCUCGAGCUCUGCAUUGCCCAGUGGUGGGCCUCGGUUGGCGACACCGAGCUGGAUGUCACUGCCGAAUUUUCGGGCUUGCAGUUGCUUGGCGCGUCCAACGCGGGCAUCCACCUGAACGGAUCGGAACUGGCCGCGCGCGUGGACAUUACCUCGCCUCUGCGGCGUGAGGAGGUCAUGCCGUCCAUUACUCUCAAGACUUGGAGACAAGCGCUCAAGCCGGGCGAGUACCGCAUCGCGCCGCUCUCGACGGCUCGUGACACAUUGCUGGAUGGACAACGUCUCUACGAGCUCGUCGUGUCGUACAAGUUCUCCCAGGCUGAUUCCAUGGAGGUGCAAAUCACCGUCCCAGUCGUCUCAGACCUUCUCUACGAGUCGCCCUUUGAGGCCCAGUUCUGGUCUGUCUACGACAGCAACAAGCGCCGCCUCUUUUCGGGAGACGCCUUCCCGAGCCACUAUGCGCUCAAGCUGGACAAGGGAGACUAUGUGGUUCGCCUGCAACUCCGACACGAAAAGAUUGACGUUCUGGAGCGCUGCAAGGACUUCCCUGUCAUGAUUGAGCGCUCGUUGACAAAGUCUCAGGAGGUUUCCUUGGACAUUUUCCCAUCCUACAAGGCGGCGUUGGCAAACGGCGCUCGCGUGCGUGCGCAAACCGUCGCACCGGGCUCCAUCCUGCCAUGCUACAUUGGCUGCGCAUUGCCCGCCUCUCGCCUUCCUCGUGACUGCCGCGCUGGUGACCAACUCGUCGGAGCCCUGUGCCUGAGCAAGCAGUUCACCCUCGGCAGCAACACUUCUGCCGAGGCCGUUCGGCGUCUGCCUGCAUCCGUGCCCAUCACGCUCUCCAUUUCGGCAGCCUCCUUCACGUCGCCAACUGCUGUGGCCAUCGAGUUGCCCGCCACAUCUUCCUCCUCCUCUUCCUCCACCGAACCAGAGCUCACGGAGGUGGAUCGCUUCCGCAACUCUGUGCGCGACGUCAUGAUUGCCGGACUGGCGCGUCUGCACACCAAAACAGCUCGCGCAGACUACGACCAAGUUUACGCGAGCCUGCUGCAGCUGCAUCCUGACCACCUUCCUUUGCACGUCGCUCAUCUGCAGGCCAUUGACACGCCCGACAGCAAGGAUCGUCGUGAGAUUUUGCCGUCGAUUUUGGCUGCCGCAGACCAAGUCGUGCAACUGUGCGCUCCAGCUGCGCUGGCUGCACACUUUGGCGUGAAUCACGAUGCGUCCACUCUCGGCCAGGCAGAGGUGGCCAAGACGCGCAGGGCGAUGGAGUCCAAGCGCGACACUCUUGUGGAUGCGCUCGCUCGCAAGGCCCGUGCCCUGGUUGAGCUUGGUGCUUGCAACUUUGGCUCUGCGCCGUUUAUCAACCGACACCGCGGAAUCGAGGCUGAUGCGACCGCGUCUCGCCCAGUCGCGGAGGCUCGCGUGUCGAGUCCGACCCCCAGCAGCGUUUCGCCCACCAUUGCCACAACGGCGGCGGCUGCUGCUGCUGCUGCUGCCGCUGUUCUGUCUCAAGAGAUUGCUCGAGAUGAUUCUGCUAUUGCUCUCACGCCUGACGUUUCCACCGCCGAGGCGGAUGCUGCCAAACCGAGUGACAAGGCUAUCGUGUUGUCUUCGUUUGACGCAAUGCUGCAGGCCGCUCUCCCCACCCAGACAAGUGCUUCUGCCAUGCUGUCCUCGGGCACCGCGUCGGCAGCAGAUUCAUCAGCCACGUCAACCUCAUUGAACCAGCUGCAACUCGAUGCAAUGUUUGACACGACCAUGGCCACCUUGUCCGAGUGGAUUAGUCUGCAAGAUGCCAAGGUGGUGCAUCUGUUUGUGCAUCGCGAAGUUGGCCGCGGUCGCUUUGGCGCUGCCCUGCGCGCCGUCAACAAGCAGCUCGGUCUUGAUGCCUUCCACAUGCAGUCUGCGACGUUGCAGGCUGCCGUGUACGAAUUGCGCUUUGCCAUCGUCCUUCGACUGGCCUGGCACAGUCUGGCCGCGAACGAGCGUCGGUUCCAGCUGAUUCGCUUCCCGCUCAAAUAUGCUUCCUUUUGAGUUGCAGCUUUGCGCAGUUUUUGUUUAUCUCAUUGCCUUUUUUUUUGUGUGUGUGUUUUGCGCUCAUUUUGUGUUCAAUCGACGUUGGAUUUUGGAUUACAUGG